AUGAAGGCAGUCUUGAUGCCUCGGUACCUGACUGUUCCUCGUGGUGCUGCCUCCCUCCUCGCCUCCGCCAAGGGUCGGGCUCCCCGGUCGACGCAGCCAGUCACUCGUUUAACUUCCCGGCUUGCGAUCAACCGUGGGUUCGCCUCGGCUCCUUGUCCCUCUUUUCAGCCGGCCAUCACCACCCAGCCUGGCGUCCACUCCUUUGCCGACAUCACGCGACGAUCGCGUCUCGGCUUUCCUCUUUGCCCUCCGGCGCCUGCGCCAUCCACUCGUUUCUUCACCCCCCUCCCAGGUCCGAUACCUGCCCCUCUUUUGUUCCAGCGGUCGACCCGUCUCCAACAGUCGACACGCUGCCCCUCCCAGGCGGCGGCCUCCUCCGUCCACGCCACUCGUUCGGCCCGUGCCCCGGCCGCGGCCCCAGCCCCGCGGCCUGCCCCUCGUUUCCUCGUCCGCCCUUCGGUCCGCGAUGCCGAGCCUGUCUCUCGUUCCAUUCCGGCUCGUGCUCGUGCCCCGACCCGGGCCCCGACCCCAGCCCCAGCCGCCGUCUCUCGUUCGGCGCGGCUGUUGGCCCGCCAUCCGGCUCCCCCACCGACCCCGGCCAAGGCCACCGUCUCUCAUUCGGCCCGCCCCGUGGCUCGCCAUCCCGUGCCCUCGCCGACCCCGGCCAAGGCCACUGUCUCUCGUUCGGCCCGCCUUUUGGCCCGCCAUCCCGUGCCCCCGCCGACUCCGGUCCGUCGUUCCUUCGGCUGCCCCCCUGUGCUUGAGCGCAUGGCCAAGCGCAGGGUCGCUCAUCGGCAGGAGCUGGAGCGUCUGAAGGGGCUGCAGCGUUUGCAGCCGUCCGUUCCUUCCGUGAGUAUCACUCGUUCUCCUUCUCCCACUCGUUCCCCUCCUGUCGCUCCUUGCCCCCCUGCUGUGGCGGGCUCUUCUCCCAAGCCGACCCCCGUGCAGUCCACCCAGGUGGGCGGCGAGGUGAAGCCGAAGAAGAGAAGCGGGCCAACGUAUUCCUGCCUGAAAUGGUGGUGCGACGCUUCGCACCAAGGCAAGAUCUACGUCGUCGGUAUCGGCGGAAGGGUGCAGCAUGAUGGCCCGGUGCCAGACCGUCUUGUUGAUGGACUGCGUCAUCGGUGUCGUCGGAGAUGGAAGAGUGGUGGUCCGAUGCACGGCCUCUUCGGAGCGUUUCGUGAUCGGUGUCGGUGGAGGGCGUGUUAG